UCCCGCGUCAUUCGCCGCUUCUGCUAGAACCUCUCACACAGACUUUAUUCCCAUCCAGGGCCCUUCUUCAAGAUCUGGAAGGAAGCCCGUCACGAUGAAGGUGCUCGUGGGCCUGUACUGCCUUACCUGCUUGUCUAUGCUGCGGGCACAGAGGAUCGGAUCGUCACGGAGAAUCUGCGGGAGCGAUCGGACGGCACCUGAGAUCAAACUGGGAGGUAUGUUCGUGGAACAACGCAUGGUGCAACCUUACAGAGAUGCCGUGAUGGAGGCCAACUAUCGCAGCGGCCAGACCUUGGAGAUCAAGCCGCUCGACAAAGUCAUCAAGAGCGUCAGCCCCGAGAAUAUUGUCCGGAGCUUGUGUGGGGAUUUGGUGAAGAAGGGAGUAAACGCUGUCAUCUACGCUGGUGACGAAGACAACGUCAAGUCGUCUUUGUACGUGAAGCAGAUAGCAGGGGAGCUUGGAAUGCCCAUCCUCAUGGCCGGAGGUGGAAGCUCCGAAAUUCUUCAUUCUCAGGAUAACCCAUUCUAUCCGCUGCUGCUAAGAAGCUCCAUAGCCCAACAGGCUGAGGUCAUGGUGGCCGUUCUCAAGCUGCAGCGCUGGUACCGGUUCUCCAUAGUCACCAGCGAGAUGCCCGGACACCGCCUCUUCCAGAAGACACUUCGAGACAUGGUCGUCAACUUCAAGGAGAACGAGGAAAAAGGAGUGUGGUCUAUUCAUCGUACAUUUACCUUAAACGUCCACCCUACAAGCACAGUUCAAGACGUGAAAUCUCAACUGGUUGGAAGAAACAUGUCGCAAGUCAUCCUGCUGUAUUGUUCCAAGUCAGAGGCGAAGACCAUUUUUCAGGCUGCCGGAGCGUUGGGAUACACCAGCGAGGAUUUUGUCUGGAUCGCCGCUGAAUCGGUUAUAGGAGAUUUUACGAGGCUAAGAGAGGCCCCACCACAAUUCCCUGUGGGACUGUUGUCCUUGGUUUCCCAAAGCCUAAAUUAUAACAAGGAGGCUACCAUCAGGACAGGGGUUUUGCUGUACAUGGAGGCUUUGAGGCAAUACAUUCAAGACGGAAAUUCUGUUAGCGAUCUACAAACAUACAACUGCAAGGACAUGAAUGGAACUCGAUCUUCAAAUGCAACCAAAUUACUUUACAGAUACCUUACCAGUACAACAAUAGAAGACGUGGAUAUAAAGUUUAACAAGGACGGCACCACAACUAUCAGCACGUUUGACAUCAUGAACGUCGACGGGAUGAAGCUAUGGGAGCGGGUUGGAAGCUGGAAUGAAGACAGCCUGUACAUGGAGGGCGUGACAUGGCCAGGGAACAAGGCAACUCCUCCUAACGGGAUCUCUAAGGACAAACACAUCCGUAUCGUGGCCGUCCAGGAGCACCCCUUCAUCACCGUCACCGAAACAGACAUCACCGGAGAGUGCCACAACACUGUGGAGUGCAAGAAAAUAAACCGCACCGCCAGGGGAGGGACCAAGAUGUGCUGUACAGGGUUCUGCAUCGAUCUGCUGAAGGAGCUGGCCAGAGACGUCAUGUUCUCCUACGACCUGUACCUGGUGCCGGACAACAAGCACGGCAAGUUCGAGAAGGGGAAAUGGACGGGCUGCAUAGGCGAGCUCGUCAAGGGUCACGCCCAAAUGGCCCUGGGGUCCAUUUCUAUCACUAAGGAGAGAGCGACGGCGGUGGACUUUUCCAUGCCGUUCGUGGAGACGGGAAUCUCUGUCAUGACCAGGAGAAGGAAGGGGGUGGUGCCGGCCACGGCAUUUCUCGAACCCUUUGACGUGUUCGCGUGGAUGGCGAUGUUUGCGGUGUGCCUGUCCUGUGUAGCGUUCACCGUCAUGGCGUUCGAGUUCUUCAGUCCCGAGGGAUACGCCGGAAACCUUCACCCGUCAGCUGGCAGAUUCACAGUGGGAAAAGCUUUCUGGCUUCUUUGGGCCCUGAUCUUCAACAACUCUGUGCCGGUUGAAAAUCCUCGCGGUGCGACCAGCAAAUACAUGAUCACCUUCUGGGCGUUCUUUGCCGUCAUCUUCCUGGCGACUUACACGGCCAACCUGGCAGCUUUCAUGAUACAGGAAGAGUACACCGAGGCCAUCACAGGACUGACGGACGAAAAGUUCAGCAACCCAUACGCUCACUCAUUCAGGUUCGGAACAAAACCUAACGGCAGCACCGAAGCUUUUAUUUCCAAGAACUUCAGGAGAAUGCACGAAUACAUGAUGAGGUACAACCAACCAUCUGUACAGGACGCCAUCCUCGCAUUAAAACAAGGAACCCUGGAUGCCUUCAUCUACGAUGCCGCAGUGCUGAACUACGAAGCAGGGAAGGACGAAGGGUGCCAGCUGCGAACGAUCGGGCACGGCAGCGUGUUUGCCACCACCGGCUACGGUAUAGGAUUUCCCAAGAACUCGGAGUGGGUCGACGAUAUCGACCUCGCUCUGCUUUCGUAUUUCGCUAAUGGUAAGCUGGAGGAGCUACACGAACUGUGGCUGACAGGAUCGUGCAACCAGGCGUCGUCUGAUCUGGACACGCACCCGCUGGGCAUAGAGAACACCGCCGGGGUGUUCUACCUCCUCCUGGCCGCGAUAGUCCUCAGCAUCGUCAUCCUGGUCUUGGAACACUUCUUCUACAGAUGCCUACGGGAGCCACUGAAGCGGUGUGAAUUCGACAAGAAAGAACUAUUGGCAAUCGUUAGCAGGGGCACACACGGCUGUCUGAAGGGAGAGGAGGUUGAACGUAAGAGGAAAAAAAGGAAAAGAUCCGAAGUGGAGGCGGACGUCAUAAUGGCCACCAGGGCGUUUGCCUACAGCUCCGUCAAGCAUAGCAAACCUUACAUGUCCGAGCUGUAUGCCGAAGACAACGAGACCGAGCAGAGCGACAGUGCCAAAGGAAAGGACGCCAUAGAGAAAGCGUUCGUCAACCACCUGGUGAGCGCGGUGUCGAACAAAAGACAAAACGUCGUACCGAACCCGUUUUUGAAGCCCGACAGACCUCGGGUGUCCAGAAGCGCGCACCAGUCUCCAGUCAUGCGGCCACAGCAUCCCCUCUCCAACCCGUUCCUGAGGCAGCCUAGCCCCCGGCGGAGGAGUUUCCACGAGUUACACCUCAACACCUUCCCCAUGAACCCCAAGCCUCGGACGAGAAACGUGCACACCGUCGUAGGAGUGAGUCCCUUCCUGAAACACGUCAAUGCCAACCACCAGGCGAACUAUCUGCGACAGGACAACCCUCCCCGACCCAGAAGUGCCGUUGAAUUCCCCUUUAAAGAACUCGAGCCGAACGGCAUCGUGCUACAAAGACUGCCGGGCAGACGGGAGUCGGCGGUAUGA